GCGUGCUAAAGAACGGAAUUAUGGGAUAUUGUCCCUCGGCGGCGCGGUGCCGCCAUGUCUCCUGCAGAUAAACGGCGGCUAGCUUUUAUCUCUCUACUCGCUAUUGUUCUGUUUUUCCUCGUGUUGACUUGCAUACCUACAUAUCUGUACAUACUUUUCUUUUUUGUCGUAACUUGCGCCGUUUGUUAUUAUAAAGCAGAGGAGUUUCAGCUUUUCGAGAGGUUGGGCCUGAAUCCCCGCCGUGGGCUGACAGUUCCUACCGCGCUGCGGCGCUGGUUGCCGGGCAGGACUUUCACAGGCGUCCCGGCGGCCGGGCGGAACAAGACUCGGACUAAUAAAAGCGAUGUUAGAAAUUCUUUAGCGUCUCCCAGCGAUAGGAGUUUUGCCAGUUCGGUUUCCAGGCGAGACGCAACGUUCAGCGACUCAGUGUUCAGUCCUCGGAACAUCCUCAUGGGGAGUUACCUGGGUAAGGCAGAGAGUCCCUCCGGCACAGGGCGGCCCGCGGGAGGCUCAGGCUGUGGCGGCAACCCCAGAGAACAACUCCGGGAGAGACUCGUCCGACCUAAUCAUGGAGUCCCCACUCCAAACAGAAGAUUGUCUUUUGGCAGUGAUCCGGUGGGUGCUGCAGGGAGGUUCACCAUCACCCCUCAGAGACAUUACCCACUGCAGCAGAUAGGAUCCUCUCCGGUGGGCGUAUUUCCCCCAGCACAGUGGGACGGCUUCCGCAAGAAGAACAUUCUGACACAGCGCAAUACACCCAUACACAGUCCAGUUACGGUGAAGAUCGCAAGACCGGACAACACAGCGCGCUUUUCAUUUUUUGAUCAGGUGACCUCCGCUGGAGCAGUCACAUCCCCUGGGUUCGAAGCCCGAGCUGACCCCUGUUCUAGAGAGACUGUACUGAGUGUGCUCAGAGCAAGCCGUAAGCGCGAUGUUGAUGAUGACAACGAUGAUGAUGAGAGAGCCCAUGAAGCUGGGCAAAAGAGCAAAAGGAGGCGGAAUGACAGCAGUGGAAGUUCCCAGUCAGUUUUCGAGCCACUGCUAGCUAAUGGUGCUCCAUCCCAGCUUGUACCAAAACCUGGAAGUUUGAAGAGAGGAAUGAACGUCUCCAUGUUGGAAGAGUCCGUGGUAAAGAGAUCUCGGACCUCUUCCAUUAGCUCUGUUAGUGGUUGUCCUGUUUCCUGUGGCGUGCCUGGAUCAGCCCGCAACCCUAUUCGUAGCUCUUACAGUUCCUCACAGGGCUACUCUCAGAGGAGAUUAGCUUCUAAUCUGAGUUCAUCUCCUCUUGUGAGCCCUGGAUCAUCACAGUCUCAGACUCCUGAGAGGGUGGCCAAAAAGCCCAGGGAAGAAAAUGCUACUUCACCAAAUUCUGAUUCGGCUAUUAACUCUGAUAAGACAGCCACUGAGACUGCCCCUGGCUCUGGUAAAUGCACCCCUAUGCCUGAUCCCCCUGUUACAUCACGGUCAGACUCUGGAGGAAACAGUGGCCAACGUAAACGUAAAAUCCAGCUGGUGUCCAUGUGCAAAGGCGACCAGAUAUCUUUGCCCCCGCCCCCUGAGCUGGGCUAUACAAUCACUGUGAAGGACCUGGAUAUGGAGAAAAAAGCUGCUCUUACCCAAAUCCAGAAAGUCCUUGAGGAGCCUGAGCCAGAGAAGCCAAGCCAUGCCCCUUAUUCAUCUACUCCUGCUGCUCCCUCUGUAGGCAUGUUUUCCCAGGUAGUUUCAUUUUCCUCAACUUCAGCUGCCCCUGUAGGAACUGCUACUUCACUGGCCUCCCUGUCUACCCCAGCUGCUGGUCUUCCACCUGCCUCCACUGCAGUUUCUACCCCAGCUCCAGCACCAACUAUUGACCUCACAGUUACUCCACCCAGCACAGUCAGUGCUGCACCAGUCCAGUCUGCGGUGCUGCCUACACCUACCACCAGCACCACUGUAGCUACACCAGUGGCUAAUCCACUGCUGGAGUCUCUUAAGAGCAUGAAGAGCAGCUCUCUACUCAGUGUUCCCUCUACUGCAGCUGCUACCUCUGCAGCUCCAGCAACAACUGUGGCAGCCCAGGCUCCCCCUUCCAUUACCCCCACUGCUUUAAACUUUGGGGCUGUGAAAUCUGAGCCCUCCAUUGCCACUCCACAGCCCACAGUGUCAACUGCACCUUCCUCAGUGCCCUCUGCUUUUGCCCAGAUUCUGGCUCAGCCUCUGCCAUCCUCAUCCACCACACUCAACCUUGGAGGAAGCAGCCUCUUUGGCCUCACCACUUUGACACCCGCAGCUUGUGCAGCAACUGCUCCUACAGCCUCUGCACAGCCUGCUAGCAGUAUAGCCAAUCCAACGCAAUCAGGGUUCAAGCCUAUUUUUGGACCAGCCAUGACAACACCAGUCUCUGCUGCAGAGGGCAAACCUACACAAACCACUUUCAAGCCCAUUUUUGGCAGUGUGUUUAAUCAGCCGGCUUCUUCACCUUCCUCUGUACCAGCAACUCAGAGUAGCACAUCUGUAUUUGGCGGAGUCACUAACACUCAGCCGAUGUCUUCCUCUGUACCCUCAUCGGUCCCCAGUACACAGAAUCCCAGUCAAUCUGUGUUUGGCAGUCAGACUAACAGCCAACCAGUGGCAGCUUCUGUCUCCACCUCCAGUACCCAGAAGCCUAUUCCAGCUCUGUUUGGUGGACUGACUAACAGCCAAACAGUGGCUGCUUCAGUUUCAUCCUCCUCCUCGAACACCCAGAAUUCUACUCCAUCUCUUUUUGGUGGCCUGCCUAACAGCCAGCCAAUGGCUGCUUCAGUUUUGCCAUCCUCCUCCAAUACCCAGAAUCCUGCUCCAUCUCUGUUUUGUGGACUGACCAGCAGCCAACCUAUGGCUGCUUCAAUCUCAUCCUCCAGCAGUACCCAGAAUUCUACGACAUCUCUGUUUGGUAACUGGAGUGCUGCAAAGAGCACCUUUCAGUUUGGAGGUCCAUCAUCUACAGCUGCUUCCUCUGGAAUUAGCACUAGUACAACAACUACCAACAGCACCUCUACAACCUUACAGUUUGGUGCUUUAAAACCAGCACCAACUGCUCUGCCUGCUGCUCCUCAGAAUACAUUCAGCUUUGGCCAAAGCCCAGCCACCACCACCUUUACAGGGUUUGGUAUGGCCAACAAUACUACCCCCAUGACAUCAAACACCCCAGCGACCCAGGCCACAUUUGGUAGCUCGGUAUUCAGCGCCUCCACGUGCUUUGCCAACCCUCAAGCUCAAGCUCAAGCUCCUACUCCAGUCAAGCCUUUUACAUUUGGUGCCAGUGUUGGGGGAGGUACAGCAGUCACACCCCUCACAUUCGGCACACCCGCUAGCACAGCUGCACCAACGUUUGGAAAUUCUACACAGCCUGCAUUUGGUGGAGCCUCCACUGGUUUUGCCUUUGGGAACACAAGUGCUUUGCCAGUGAGUACUGCCUCUAUGCCAGCCCCUGCCUUCACGUUUGGAGCAGCACCAGCCACACCGCAAAACACUGCAACACCUGGAGGUUUCAAUUUCACAGCAACGCUUUCUGGAGCACAGUUUGGAACACCUGCCCCAGCAGGGCAGAAUCAGGGGUUCGCAUUUGGAGCAGGCAACACGGAUAAUAAAUCUGCUUUCGGAACCUCCACCCCUGCAUUUGGCAAUGCAAGCGGCCCCAUGCCAUUUGGCAGCCCUGGGACUCCUGUAGGGGGAUUCAGUGCCUCAGCCUUUGGCACUCCUUCAGCCACUUUUUCAAUUGGUGCUGGCUCAAAGCCCAGCAGUUCACGACAAAGACUACAGGCUCGCAGGCAGCACACAAGGAAGAAGUAAUGUUGACCGUGAAGACUUUGUUUGGACACAUGCAACACCCCAUCUGAUUAUUCUAGCUGCUUCUGCUGCUGCUAACAGGACUUCAUCAGGAUUCCAAUAGGACCUGAACACAACUGAUGUUUGCGUUGACGUAUAAUUAGGUACCACAUCCCUUUUUUAGGUCAAGUGAUCUUGGCAUACCAACAUCUUCCUGUGCGGAGUCAGACUGACAGCAAGUGAUGUGGACAGACAGAACUACUUGGCAGAUUAAAAGUAUGAGGAGACAAUUAAAAACCUGGACACGUAAAGUUCAGGCUAAAAGAAGCUGAAUUUGGGUUUGAUUCUGGUCUUUGCUUUUCUGGAUAUUGUGUUGGUUUGGUUUUUUUUUUUUUUUUUUUUUAAUAGCUGUCUGUGUGACCUAUUUUAUGUGAUCAUUCACAUUACAUUCAACUUCAGUAAUCAAUUUUUAAUUUUUUUCAUAUGAAUACUUUCAACAAAACAUACUUUCCUGUCUCUGCUCCCUGACUGAACUGCUUACUAAGGUUAUUCGGUCUUCAGAAAAUGUGUUUUAAUUGAAAUAUGUCCCUCAUCCAAAUGCAUUGAGCAGCAAAAUAAAGUUGUUUAGUAUUUUU